UGGAGAAGGGCUUCAGGUGCAGGGAACAACUUGAACAAUGACAAGGAUAGAGGAGUUUGUAAAUCAAAUAAACAUCUAAGUCAGCUUGCCUCCCUCCCUCCAUCCCUCCCUCCUUCUCUCCUUCCUUCCAUCCAUCCAUCCAUCCAUCCAUCCAUCCAUCCAUCCAUCCAUCCAGUGUGUUAGGUCUGUAAAAGGGAAAACGGGAGAAAAGAUUAUGUAUAAAGGUGGCUUGGGACAAACAAAGGCUGAAAACUCUAGGCUCCCCAGGUGAUAGUAUGUGACCAUUUGCCUCCAGGUGGAUCGUUCCCUCCUAGAGCCCACAACAGUGAAAUUGCCCACAGGGAACCUGAAUUCUAUAUACUGAAGAACCAGAGAGGCAGCCUGGGGAAAUGAAAAGAGUUUGAAUUCCUUGUUUGCUUCAUGAUAGCUGAAUGAUUAUGCAACACGGGACUUGAAGGAUACGUGCAAGUGAUCAGCCUUUGUACCUUCUCCACAUUUGAAGAUGGUGAAGCUAGAUAUUCAUACUCUGGCCCAUCACCUCAAGCAGGAACGCUUAUAUGUAAACUCUGAGAAACAGCUCAUUCAGAGGCUCAAUGCAGAUGUACUUAAGACAGCUGAAAAGUUGUAUCGUACAGCAUGGAUCGCUAAGCAACAGAGAAUUAAUUUGGAUCGGCUUAUUAUAACCAGUGCUGAAGCUUCCCCUGCUGAAUGUUGCCAACAUGCCAAGAUUUUGGAAGAUACACAGUUUGUUGAUGGGUAUAAGCAGUUGGGAUUUCAGGAGACUGCUUAUGGAGAAUUCUUAAGUCGAUUAAGGGAAAAUCCUCGUCUUAUUGCCUCCUCUUUGGUUGCUGGAGAGAAACUUAAUCAGGAGAACACACAAAGUGUUAUUUACACAGUUUUUACCUCUCUCUAUGGCAACUGCAUUAUGCAAGAAGAUGAAAGCUACCUCCUUCAGGUGUUGAGAUACUUGAUUGAAUUUGAACUUAAAGAAAGUGACAACCCCAGGCGACUUUUGAGGAGAGGAACUUGUGCCUUCAGCAUCUUAUUUAAACUUUUUUCUGAAGGACUGUUUUCUGCCAAACUUUUCCUCACAGCCACUUUACAUGAGCCAAUCAUGCAGCUGCUUGUUGAAGAUGAGGAUCACCUGGAAACAGACCCAAACAAGCUAAUUGAGAGGUUCUCCCCAUCUCAACAGGAAAAACUCUUUGGAGAGAAAGGCUCAGAUAGAUUCAGGCAAAAGGUUCAAGAGAUGGUGGAUUCCAACGAGGCCAAACUAGUGGCUUUGGUGAACAAAUUUAUUGGUUAUCUCAAACAGAACACAUACUGCUUUCCACAUAGUUUGAGAUGGAUUGUGUCACAGAUGUACAAAACUCUCUCCUGUGUAGAUAGACUGGAAGUUGGGGAGGUCAGAGCAAUGUGUACUGACCUCCUGUUGGCGUGCUUCAUUUGUCCUGCGGUUGUCAAUCCAGAACAGUAUGGAAUAAUUUCUGAUGCUCCUAUUAAUGAGGUGGCAAGAUUUAAUCUGAUGCAGGUUGGCCGCCUUUUGCAGCAAUUAGCAAUGACUGGCUCCGAAGAGGGAGAUCCCCGGACAAGGAGCAGCCUUGGAAAAUUUGACAAAAGCUGUGUUGCUGCUUUCCUUGAUGUGGUGAUUGGAGGCCGUGCAGUGGAGACCCCGCCAAUGUCCUCUGUUAAUCUUCUGGAAGGGUUGAGCAGAACUGUAGUUUAUAUAACCUACAGUCAGCUUAUUACUCUGGUGAAUUUUAUGAAGAGUGUGAUGUCUGGAGAUCAACUGAGAGAAGAUAGAAUGGCUCUUGACAAUUUAUUGGCAAACCUACCCCAGGCAAAGCCAGGAAAAAGCAGCAGCUUGGAAAUGACUCCCUACAGUACUCCUCAGCUGUCUCCAGCAACCACUCCAGCAAAUAAAAAGAAUCGAUUGCCUAUAGCAACUCGGAGCAGAAGCCGCACCAAUGUUCUAAUGGACUUGCAUAUGGACCAUGAAGGAUCAGCUCAAGAAACCAUCCAGGAAGUGCAACCAGAAGAGGUGUUGGUCAUUUCCUUAGGAACAGGUCCCCAGAUUACUCCAGGGAUGAUGUCAGAAAAUGAGGUCCUAAACAUGCAGCUUUCGGAUGGAGGACAAGGAGAUGUCCCUGUCGAUGAAAACAAACUCCACGGUAAACCUGAUAAAACCUUGCGCUUUUCCCUCUGCAGUGAUAAUCUGGAAGGAAUAUCUGAAGGUCCUUCAAAUCGUUCUAAUUCAGUAUCCUCACUAGACCUGGAAGGGGAAUCUGUAUCAGAACUUGGAGCAGGACCUUCUGGGAGUAACGGAGUUGAAGCUCUACAGCUGUUAGAGCAUGAGCAAGCUACAACCCAGGAUAAUCUCGAUGAUAAGCUAAGGAAGUUUGAAAUUCGUGACAUGAUGGGACUGACAGAUGAUAGGGAUAUAUCAGAAACAGUGAGUGAGACGUGGAGUACAGAUGUCUUGGGAAGUGAUUUUGACCCUAACAUUGAUGAAGAUCGCUUGCAAGAAAUCGCAGGUGCAGCAGCAGAGAACAUGUUAGGCAGUUUACUGUGCCUGCCAGGUUCAGGGUCAGUGCUUCUUGACCCCUGCACUGGUUCUACCAUAUCAGAAACAACAAGCGAAGCUUGGAGUGUAGAGGUAUUGCCAAGUGACUCAGAGGCCCCAGAUCUAAAGCAGGAGGAACGACUACAAGAACUGGAGAGCUGUUCAGGACUGGGUAGCACAUCUGAUGAUACGGAUGUCAGGGAGGUCAGUUCCCGCCCCAGCACACCAGGCCUCAGUGUUGUGUCGGGCAUAAGUGCAACCUCUGAGGAUAUUCCCAAUAAGAUUGAAGACCUGAGAUCUGAGUGCAGCUCUGAUUUUGGGGGUAAAGAUUCUGUCACUAGUCCAGACAUGGAUGAAGUAACUCAUGGUGCCCACCAGCUGACCUCUCCUCCUUCUCAGUCAGAGUCUCUCCUUGCCAUGUUUGAUCCGCUGUCUUCACAUGAAGGGGCUUCUGCUGUAGUAAGGCCAAAGGUUCACUAUGCCAGGCCAUCGCAUCCACCACCAGAUCCCCCAAUCCUGGAAGGAGCUGCAGGAGGAAACGAGGCCAGGUUGCCAAACUUCGGUUCCCAUGUCUUAACUCCAGCUGAGAUGGAGGCAUUUAAGCAAAGGCAUUCUUACCCUGAGAGAUUAGUUCGCAGCAGGAGCUCUGAUAUAGUGUCUUCUGUCCGGCGACCUAUGAGUGACCCCAGCUGGAACCGACGUCCAGGGAAUGAAGAGCGAGAACUCCCCCAAGCCGCAGCCAUUGGUGCUACUUCUUUGGUGGCUGCACCACAUUCAUCAUCUUCGUCCCCGAGUAAGGACUCCUCAAGAGGAGAGACUGAAGAACGCAAAGAUAGCGAUGAUGAGAAAUCAGACAGGAACAGACCUUGGUGGAGAAAGCGUUUUGUUUCUGCCAUGCCCAAAGCUCCUAUACCAUUUAGAAAGAAAGAAAAACAAGAAAAAGACAAAGAUGAUCUGGGGCCUGACAGAUUCUCAACACUCACAGAUGACCCGAGCCCUAGACUCAGUGCACAAGCUCAGGUUGCUGAGGAUAUUCUGGACAAAUACAGGAAUGCCAUUAAACGAACCAGUCCCAGUGAAGGAGCACUGGCAAACUACGAAAGUGCAGAAGUUAUGGGUGAUGGUGAAAGUGCGCACGAUUCGCCUCGUGACGAAACCCUGCAAAACAUCUCAGCUGACGAUCUCCCAGAUUCCGCAAGCCAAGCCGCCCACCCUCAGGAUUCAGCUUUCUCUUACAGAGAUGCAAAAAAGAAACUGAGGCUUGCUCUUUGUUCUGCGGAUUCUGUUGCUUUCCCAGUGCUAACCCAUUCAACAAGGAAUGGUUUACCAGACCAUACAGACCCAGAAGACAAUGAAAUUGUCUGCUUCCUAAAAGUUCAAAUAGCUGAAGCAAUUAAUUUACAAGAUAAAAACUUAAUGGCUCAACUUCAAGAAACAAUGCGUUGUGUGUGCCGCUUUGAUAACAGGACUUGUAGGAAACUACUGGCUUCUAUCGCUGAGGACUAUAGGAAAAGGGCCCCCUAUAUUGCUUACCUCACUCGUUGUCGACAAGGACUGCAGACCACGCAGGCUCACCUGGAAAGGCUACUGCAAAGGGUUUUGCGGGACAAAGAGGUGGCCAAUCGAUACUUCACCACUGUCUGUGUGAGGUUGCUGCUUGAGAGCAAAGAAAAGAAGAUCAGGGAAUUCAUUCAAGACUUUCAGAAACUCACAGCAGCUGAUGAUAAAACUGCUCAGGUGGAAGAUUUUCUGCAGUUCCUUUAUGGCGCCAUGGCCCAGGAUGUCAUAUGGCAGAACGCGAGUGAAGAGCAGCUUCAGGAUGCUCAGCUCGCCAUCGAGCGAAGUGUGAUGAAUCGGAUCUUCAAACUUGCCUUCUACCCUAAUCAGGAUGGGGACAUACUCCGUGACCAAGUUCUUCAUGAACAUAUUCAGAGAUUGUCUAAAGUAGUGACUGCAAAUCACAGAGCUCUUCAGAUACCAGAGGUUUAUCUUCGGGAGGCACCGUGGCCAUCUGCACAGUCAGAAAUCAGGACGAUAAGCGCUUACAAGACGCCGCGGGACAAAGUGCAGUGCAUCCUGAGAAUGUGCUCCACGAUCAUGAACCUCCUGAGCCUGGCCAAUGAGGACUCCGUCCCAGGAGCAGAUGACUUCGUCCCUGUUUUGGUUUUUGUGUUGAUAAAGGCAAAUCCACCCUGUUUGCUGUCCACUGUUCAGUACAUCAGUAGCUUUUAUGCCAGCUGUCUGUCUGGAGAGGAGUCUUAUUGGUGGAUGCAGUUCACAGCAGCAGUUGAAUUCAUUAAGACUAUCGAUGACCGAAAGUAACCAAGACCAAGGCCCACCAAGGCAGCAGACUGUUAGGGGGGCACACGGAUCUCUUAGAAAAUGUACCAGCUGCUUUGAAGGCUGAAGAUUGUUUUUGUAUAAUAUUGUACAGUGUUGAGACCUUUUAAAACAGAUCUUUACUAAACAGAUUAAUGAGCUAACAAGCAGGUUCUUUUUUCUUUGGGCUCUUUUCCUUUCUGAGUUGCAUAUUUCAUUAAUUUCUUGUCCCCAAGUAGAGACUAGUACUGCAAAAAGGGACCACAUUUUUCAGGUAUUUUGAAAUACUGAAAAACAAAACAGAAUCUCUUAGAAAAUUCCUAGAUUUCUGUUUAUAGAUACCCAUUGUUUCUUUUCAUU